AAACAGAGCAAGCAAAACAAAAACGCAAAACGCAAAGAACAUUCCAACCAAAUCGAAUAAGUUUCAACGAAUUUAACAAUGAAAUUGUAAUUAUACAUUUAAGGUAUAUUCUCACAUAAAAACGAAGCUUUAUUUCAUACUGGGAAAGCCCGAGCAAAGGAAAUGAAAGAUCUAUGAUUUUACUUUGCUGAUCAAAGUACAUCCGAACCCGAUUGAAUCUCAAUGACAAGGAAAGUUCUGGCAGAGUUAGUAAAACUUGAAGACGAAACCGGAAAAAAGUGGGCUACUAAACUUCGCAAUGGCAUCCACGGAAAGCGAGUUCCUUGAGGCGUAUGGCCAAAUCCAAGCUGCUUAUAAGGCAGCCAUGACGCAAGUAGAGCUGGCCCUGGACCGCGAGGAGUUGGAGGACGCUACGAAAACCAUUGAGGCGUAUGAGCGAGCCCUGGAGAUGAUUGAGGAGACCUUUGCCAUACCCGUGGGCCUGCCCGAUGAGAUUGAUGCUGUGCAGACGCAAUGGAACGACGCCUGCUCCCUGAUACAGAAGUUAAAGAGCGCCAAGACGGAGGUUAGCUAUCGCGUGAAGGUUUUGAAAGCCAAGAGCCUCCCCGUCGAUGACGGAGCAGUCGAGGCAGAAGAGAGGGAGCGCACCGAAGCAGAUGGACAGGGCACCAGCCGACAGCGGCCCUUGUUGGCCGAGAAUCCAUCGACCUUUUACGACAUAGCCAAUGCCAGUGGCACUCCCAGAACCUACAGGGAGAUGGCUACCGGCUUGCGAGAGCUCCUGGCCAGCCACGAGGCUCAUGCCCAAUUGGACGAGCUCUUCCAGGCGCAGAUCAAGCUGUACCGCAUUGAGGCCAGCGGUGUGGUGACGACCAUUACAGGAAGCACCACCAUGUCACUGGUGAUGUGCACAGUGGACGGCAAGUGGAAAUAUCUCAGCGGCAGCACCUUCAUCCAGUGCUCGAUGACGGAGGAAGGGGCUCCCACGGCAUCCGACAUGAUCUGGCUGUACCCACUGGUGCCCUCGAUCACCAAUUGUUAUCGCACGGAAUACGGGGCCUUUAUUUUUCCGGAUAUGGAGUGCCAGGAGCCUGGCAAUGCCUUCGGAAUCAUGCUGGUGAAGCCACAGCGACCGCUCAGCUCCACGGCCGGGGAGACGGAGGAGGAGCAGAUGGAGGAUCUGCAGCAGUUCUUCCUUGACCUUCUUGAGGCCGUGCUGGCGGGAACGGUGGAGCAGCUGAAAUCGCCGGGCCCCCAACGUGCUGGCUCUGGUCCGGGCACCAGCUCGGAGCAGGUGUCCAAGCACAUUGUGUGCGCGGCCGAUUUCAUAGCUCGCAACCUGGUCAAGGGAGCAGAGAAGACGGGCGGCCUGAUGAUGCGAUCGACGCCGUAUCUCAUCUCCAAAAUGACGCCAGCCUCGGAGGAGGCCCCCACCCAGGUACCUGCCUCCGUGCAGUCCACAGUGGAAGUGGCUCAAAAAGUGACCCACGCGGCGGUUGGCAUGACCGGUUGGAUAGCCGGAAAGGUGGGCACCGCAUCGAUGGCCGUUGGGCGCUAUCUGGCUCCGCAUAUCCAGGAGCAGGGAUCGAAGCUGCUGCAGAAGGGCUUUGGCUACGACACCACCGAAGCCAACAGCACCAUGGAGGGUGCACUAACAAUAGCAGCGGGAGCCGUCGAGUGCUUUAGCACUGUCUUCGAUGGCCUCGAGACAUCGGCCAAGAUCCUGGGCAACAGCCUGAGCGAGAACUCGGUCAGGAUUAUAGAGCACAAAUAUGGACCAUCAGCUGGGAACUUGGCCUGCGGCACCUUCGAUACUAUGGGGAAUGCAUUUGUCAUCAGCCAGAAUGUGAAUUAUAUAUCCCCCAAGGGCAUAGCCAAAAAGUUGGCCAAACGUACCGGCGAGGCCGUCGUGAGUGAUUAUAAACGCGAUUUGCGUAAACCGGAAUCUCAUUAUAUUAACGCCGGAGCCCUCUAUCCAGAUCUGAGAGCAUUGAAGGAAUGAUGCGGCUUAACCAAAGAUAUUUACUUAUGUUCAAAUAUAAAUACUCGUCUAGUUCCAAUAUCCAAUUUAUAGCUUAUUUUAUAAGUCAAGCCUAGAACAUUUGUUUCACACAUGCAUUAUGU